GAUGAGGAUGGGGUAUAAGGAAUCCCAGUCUCCUGGAAAGGGGUCGGUUUCCCUUCAGUCACUGUCUUCCCCGACAGCUUCCUGUUUAACCAGCUGGGGUGAUUUGUUGUGACUCAGGGGCACCCUACAUCCCCAAAUUCCUGGGAAGUGGCAAAGGCAGCUACAGAUCCUGGCCACAAGCACCCAUGGGAGACAGAAAGGUCUAAAAAAUGGUGACCCCCCACCCACCCACACAGUCAAGAACAGAAGGGGGUGUUGGGAUCUGUGAAAAGUCUGUGGACAUGAAGCCCAGGGCUGCCUGCCUGAGUUCCUGCGCCUGCUCCAGCUCUGCAGUCUGGCCAAGUGCCAGGAGCACAGCAGCAGGCCCAGCAGGUCCCGGGGCGUGGCACUGCCCAGCAGUGGAGCCAGCCUACACUGGCUCGGCAGGCAGGCUCCGCGGCGGCAGCAGCAGGCAGCAGAGCCCCACGGGACUGGGAGGCUGCACUGUGGCAGACACCUGCUGAGGGGUGAGGCUAUGGUCCCCAUCCUGUAUCUCCUCCUGCCCACCCUGGGCAGCUAUGUCGCGCUCUCCAUCUUCUUCCUGCGCCGACCUCACCUGCUGCACGCAACCAGGGCUCCGGCCUUCCCCAUCCGCCUGGCUGCCCACCGCGGAGGGUCUGGAGAGCGGCUGGAGAAUACUAUGGAGGCCAUAGAGAAUUCCAUGGCCCAGCGAGCAGAUCUCUUGGAACUUGACUGCCAGCUCACACGGGAUGGAGUGGUGGUAGUAUCGCACGACAAGAACCUGUCCCGCCAGUCAGGCCUAAAUAAGGAUGUGAACAGCCUGGACUUUGAGGAACUGCCCCUCUACAAGAAAGAACUGGAGAUCUAUUUCUCACCAGGCCAUUUUGCCCACGGGUCAGAUCGACACAUGAUACGACUGGAGGAUGUAUUCCAGAAAUUUCCAAGGUUGCCCAUGAGUGUGGAGAUCAAAGAAAAAAAUGAAGAGCUCAUUCACAAGGUAGCCAACCUGGCUAGGAGCUUUGACCGCAGCGAUAUUACCAUCUGGGCUUCAGAGAAGAACUCAGUCAUGAAGAAGUGCAAGGCUGCCAACCCUGACAUGCCGAUGGCCUUCACCAUAUUGAGAUCAAUCUGGAUACUGCUGCUCUACUACCUGGGGCUGCUACCUUUUGUCUCCAUCCCUGAGAAGUUUUUCUUCUGCUUCCUGCCCACCAUCAUCAACAGGACUUACUUCCCAUUUUCCUGUGGAUGGAUGAAUCGACUAUCAGCUACAGUUACAAAAUGGUUCAUCAUGAGGAAAAGCCUGAUCCAACAUUUGCAGGACCGAGGGGUGCAGCCUGGCACUGAGGCUGGAAGAUGGUGUCAGAUCCCUGGAAGCCGGAGUUACAGAUAGUUUUGAGCUGCCAUGUGGAUGCUGGGAUCAAAUCUGGCUCCUCUGCAAGAGCAGCAAGUGCUCUGAACUGCUGACCCAUUUCACUGGCCUCCUUUUGGUUGUUUUUUUUUUUUUUGUUUGUUUGUUUUUUUGAGGCAGGGUCUCACCAUAUAACUCUUGAUAUGUAGACCAAGCUGGCCUCGGACUCACAGAGAUCCACCUGUCUCUGACUCUUGAGUGCUGGGAUUAAAGGCGUGUGCCACCCUGCCUGGCCUUGGUUUUGUUUUGUUGGCUUGUUUUCAUUUUUUUAUUGUUUUAUUUUAUGCAUAUGGGUGUUUUGCAUGCACGUGUAUCUAUGUACCUCAUGUGUGCCUGGUACCCAAAGAGGCCAGAAGAGGGCAUCAGAUCCCCUGGAAAUGUAGUUACAAAUUGGCUGUGAGCCACCAUGUGGGUGCUGGGAAUCCAAGCAAGGUCCUCUGGAAGAGCAACUAGUGAUCUUUUUUUUUUUGGUUUUUUGAGACAGGGUUUCUCUGUGUAGCUUUGCGCCUUUUCCUGGAACUCACUUGGUAGCCCAGGCUGGCCUCGAACUCACAGAGAUCCGCCUGGCUCUGCCUCCCGAGUGCUGGGAUUAAAGGCGUGCGCCACCACCGCCCGGCCGCAACUAGUGAUCUUAACCACUGAGCUAUCCGGUCUUUUAUGUAGGCCAGGCUGGCCUCACUCAUGGCAAUCCUCUUGCCCUACCUCCCUAAUGAUGGAGUUGCGGGCACAAACCACUGUGCCUGGCUUUGGACAUUAAGUCAGCAAGCCUCACUGAGAUGGAUCCACACAUUGACCUGGGAUGAGAGCUUUCUAUCAAACAUGGGGGGGAAAAAGGAGCCUGUCAACCCCAUGUGGGAUGUGAUGUCACAGCUAAGGACAGGAGCCAGUAUUAUGGGCCACAGACAGUGGGCGGUGGGAUCAGUUGGAAGAAGGGUGAGGGGAAGACAGCUCUUGGGCAGAAGAAGGGCAUCACAGGCAGGCAUCUAGAGGGUUAAAGCUUGGAGGACACAAGGCUGGGCUCCGAGGAACUGGGUGGGUUCCCUUGGCUAAGGGCAGUGGAGGUCAGCUAGACCCACUGGCCUCAUGUCUAACAGGACCACGAUCCUCAGCACCCAGGGAGGGAAGCUUUAGAAGGUCUGCCGUAGGAAACACGGCCCAGAUAAAUUCAUACAGUAAGAUUCACUUGGUCUACAACAUGGCGGCCGUGUGAUGGUGGGACAGGAGAGUGUCAUUAAGAGCCUGAUGUGGCCAUGAACAGGAGUCAAACUUGAGUGACCGCAGUGGGGACAGACGGAACAGUUAACUCCCAGAGAGAAGCUUGGGCCACUGCCUGUAUGGAUGAGGCACGAGGAGAACAGCUGUUCCUUACCAGCCCCCUCUCACCUCUGACCUCCACGUGUUUAAAGACGGGACCCUUGCCUGUGAAACUAAGACAUCUAAAACUGUCCUGUCAGCCAGCUGCAGGGGCUCCACACAUAGUUCCUGGGAAACAGAGGCAAGAGGAUGGUGAGUUCUAGACCAGCGUGGGCUAAAUAAUACUCCCUGCCUCACAAGAACAAAACAAAGAUGAACAGUGAUUCAGUGGCUAAAGGCUUCGGCUGUCAAACCUGAUGGCCUGAGUUUGACCCAGAACUCCUAAGAGCUGUCCUCUGACCCACACACCUGGUGUGGUGUACACCCACCCCCACAUAAAUCAACAUCAUCAAACUGUUUUAAAUUCAAAACCAAUGGCUGGGGAUGUGGCUCAGUUGGUAGACUGCUUGCCUAGCAGCCACAAAGCCCUGGGUUCAGUCACCAGCACAGGAAAAGAAAAGGAGGUGAUGGGACUAGAGAGAUGGCUCAUCAGUUGAGAAUACUUGCUGCUGCUCUUCUAGAGGACCCAAGUUUGGUUCCCAGCACCCAUAAUCACUGGCUUACAAUCACGUGUAACUCCAGUUCCAGGGGAUGAGAUGCCCUCUUCUGACGUGUGUUGGUACACAGACAUACAUGUAGACAAAACACUCAUACCUAUAAAAUAAAUAAGUAAACCUUUAAAAAAAUUAAAUAAAAACAAAUAAUUCAUAAAAAGAACAACAACAAGAAGCAAAACAAAAUAAAAAACAACAGGUAUAGUGGUACAUACUGUAGACCACUCUGUAGAACUCACUCUGUAGCCCAGGCUGGCCUGGAACUCACAGAGAUCUGCCUGCCUCUGCCUCCCAAGUGAUGGGAUUAGAGUCCUGCACCACCGCCAGCUUUUACCUUUGUUUUAAAUAGACUUUUUUGUUUGUUUGUUUGUUUGUUUGUUUUUCGAGACAGGGUUUCUCUGUGUAGUUUUGGUGCCUGUCCUGGAUCUCGCUCUGUAGACCAGACUGGCCUCAAACUCAUAUACAUCCGCCUGCCUCUGCCUCCCGAGUGCUGGGAUUAAAGGCGUGUGCCACCACCAUCCAUCAAUAAUAGCUGUGUUUAAUAACCAGUUUGAAAGUCCCUAAAAAGGAACCAUCAGCUCCAGCUCACCAUUGCUGGGAAAUCUGCUGUAGAAUAAUCCCCUUGUACAUUGUAAAGAUUUGUCACUCAAACUGGUUUAAUAAAACAUUGAUUGGCCAGUAGCCAGGCAGGAAGUAUAGGCGGGGUGACCAAACUAAGAAUGAUGGGAAGAAGAAGGGCAGAGUCAGGAGUCACCAGCCAGAUGCAGAGGAGGCAAGAUGAGAUUGCCAUACUGAGGAGAAGUACCAAGCAACAUGGCUAAACAUAGGUAAGAAUUAUGGAUUAAUUUAAGUGUAAGAGCUAGUUAGUAAAAAGCCUGAGCUACCGGCCAAGCAUUUAUAAGUAAUAUUAAGCUUCCAAGUCAAUUAUUUGGGAAGCGGCUGCCAGGUAUUUGGGAGUUGCUGGUGGGACAGAAACUUCCAUUUACAGAGAGGUCUGUGCAGAAGAACAGGGUGCCACCUCCUGGAAGUUGAAGGAAGCUUUGGGUAGAUUUGGAAAGUAAACUGGGCCUUCUUUCCUGCUCAGGUGCUAUUUUGGUGCCUUAAUGAAGAAUCGGAUUUUGAAGUGGCCUUCAACCUGGGGGCUAGUGGUGUCAUGACGGAUUUCCCCACGGCCCUGAGACACUACCUAGACAAGAAGGAAUCAAGGGCCCCUGCCUCCUCAGUCUGAGGCCCUGUCCUCUCUUUUUAAGAAAAAUAAAUAUUUUCUUGUCAGCA